UAGAACUUGACCAAAUGUCUAGCAGAAAGUUUUCGUAGUCUAUUUUUUUAUUCUCUUACCACCUGUUGAGUGUAUUUUUCUCUUCUAUUUUUGUGUUUUUUAAAUUUCCAUUUAAUUUUGUUUAGGAAAACAAUUUGUCAUCUAUUUUCCUUUUUAGUUUAUUUUUAGCAAUGUCGCUAAAAUCGAUUUUGGUGAUUGGAAGCGGCGGAAGGGAACACGCAAUUUGUUGGAAACUUUCUCAAUCAAAGGAGGUAAAAAAUGUAUUUGUCGCUCCUGGAAAUUCUGGAAUGGCAGCGGAGCCAAAAGUUUCGCUUAUUAAACUCGACAUUAAUGAUAAUAAGGCUGUUGCAAAAUGGAGCAAGGAAAAUGAAAUUUCUCUCGUUGUCGUUGGUCCCGAGGCUUAUUUAGCGAAUGGAUUAGCGGAUGAAUUGAAAAAAAAUGAAAUCCCCUGCUUUGGACCGGAAAAACUUGGGGCACAACUUGAAACUGAUAAAAAUUGGGCAAAGGCAUUUAUGGAUAGACACAAAAUUCCCACUGCUAAUUGGAAAAGUUUUACUAAUUGCGAGGAGGCGAAAAAAUUCAUUAAAACAGCAAAUUUUAAAGCAUUGGUUGUAAAAGCUGCGGGUUUGGCAGCGGGAAAAGGUGUCGUUGUCGCGGAAAAUAUUAACGAAGCUUGUCAAGCGGUUGAUGAAAUUUUAAAAGAGAAAAAAUUCGGUUCCGCAGGAGAAACAGUUGUAAUUGAAGAACUUUUAGAGGGAGAAGAAGUUUCCAUGUUAGCCUUUACUGAUGGAAAGACGGUCGUCAAUAUGCUUCCCGCUCAGGAUCAUAAGAGAAUUUUUGACAAUGAUCUUGGACCAAAUACAGGUGGAAUGGGAGCAUAUUGUCCUUGUCCUUUUUUAAAUGAAAAACAACAGGAGGAAGUGAGAGAAUCUGUUUUACAAAAAGCUGUUGACGGACUACGAAUGGAAAAUAUUUCAUUUGUUGGUAUUUUGUACGCUGGUCUCAUGAUCACAGAAAAUGGGCCAAAAGUAUUGGAAUUUAAUUGUCGAUUCGGCGAUCCUGAGACGCAAAUUCUUCUACCGUUGUUGAAUUCUGAUCUUUUUACAAUAAUGAUGUCAUGUUGCAAUGGAACUUUGAACAAAAAUCUCGUUUCUUGGAGGAGGGAUAUUUUUGGAGUUGGCGUAAUUUUAGCAUCAAAAGGAUAUCCAGAAUCCUCGUCGAAGGGAGAAAUUAUUUUAGGCGCUGAAAAUUCAAAUUCCCAUCGUGAUCGUUUAAUAUUUCACAGUGGAACGAGUUUAUCAUCAACUGGAGAUUUAUUAACAAAUGGUGGACGAGUAUUAAUUGCCGUUUCUUUAUCAUCGUCAUUGGCUUCCGCUGCUGCAAAAGCAACUUCAAUGGCUCGCAAUAUUUCCUUCGAGGGAAAACAAUAUCGAAAGGACAUUGCACACAAAGGAAUCGCAAGAUCAAUUUUAGAGCAUGGACAAUUGACAUACAAAAGUAGUGGUGUAAAUAUUGAGGCGGGCGAUUCAUUUGUGGAGAAUAUCAAAAAAAUGGUGAAUUCAACAAAAAGAUCGGGAGUAUUGGGUUCAAUUGGUGGAUUCGGUGGUUUAUUUGACGCUAAAGCUGCUGGAUAUCAAGAACCGCUUUUUGUUUCAGGAACCGAUGGCGUUGGAACGAAAUUAAAAAUUGCAAUUGAGUGUAAUAAACACAAUUCAGUUGGAAUUGAUUUGGUUGCAAUGUGUGUUAAUGAUGUUCUUGCACAUGGUGCGGAGCCUCUAUUUUUUCUUGAUUAUUUUGCAUGCGGAAAAUUGAAUAUAGAAAAAGCCACGGACGUUGUGAGCGGAAUUGUCGAAGGCUGCAAACAAGCCGGAUGCGCUUUGGUGGGUGGCGAAACGGCAGAAAUGCCGGAAAUGUAUCCAGAGGGUGAAUACGAUUUAGCUGGAUUUGCUGUGGGUGCAGUGGAAAAAAAUCAUUUAAUGCCAAGAAUAAAUGACAUGAAAAUUAAUGAUAUUGUCAUUGGUCUUCCAUCGAGUGGAAUUCACAGUAAUGGUUUUAGUCUUGUUAGAAAAAUUAUGAAAUUAGCUGAUAAAUCAUAUGCCGAUCAAGCGCCAUUUUCCAAUAAAACAUUUGGCGAGGAACUUCUUACGCCAACGAAAAUUUAUUCAAAAGGCGUUCUUCCCGCUUUAAGGACAAAUUUAGUGAAAGGAUUCGCUCACAUAACUGGCGGUGGAUUAACGGAAAAUAUACCUCGUAUUUUAUCGGAAAAAUUUGCCGUUUCAUUAAAUGCCAAUAAAUGGACAAUUCCAUCUGUUUUUGGAUGGCUCGCCACAACUGGCGGAAUCAAUAAAGCGGAAAUGUUGAGGACUUUUAAUUGUGGAAUUGGCGCUGUUUUAAUUUGCUCGGCGGAAGAUGAAAAAACGGUGCUUGAAAAAUUAAAAGGCGAAAAUCCAGUUGUAAUUGGACAUUUGACUCAUUUUAAUGAGAAUGUAACGAGAGUGAAUGUAAAUAAUUUUGAGAAGGCAAUGGAUUAUGAGAUGCGAAAACAUAUUGUGCCACUUGUGGAAAAAUUGUCGAGGCCAUUGAAAAAAGUUGGCGUUUUAAUAUCGGGAAGUGGAACAAAUCUUCAGGCAUUAAUUGACGCAACAUUGGAUCCUUUGCAGCAUAUUGGCGCUGAAAUUGUUCUUGUUAUUUCCAAUAAAUCGGGCGUUGAGGGUUUAAAACGCGCUGAACGCGCUGGAAUUCCCACUAAAGUUAUUAAACACACAAAUUAUUCGAGUCGUGAAGAAUUUGACGAUGCAAUGGACGUGGAAUUGCGAAAUUGUCAAGUGGAUAUUGUUUGUCUCGCUGGAUUUAUGAGAAUUCUUUCAUCGAAAUUUGUUCAAAAAUGGAAAGGAAAAAUGUUAAAUGUUCAUCCGUCGCUUUUACCAUCGUUUAAAGGUGCGAAUGCCCAUAAAGAUGUUCUCGCUGCCGGUGUUCGUAUUUCCGGUUGUACCGUUCAUUUUGUCGAGGUUGACAUUGAUUCGGGUGCAAUAAUCGAACAGGAAACGGUUCGCGUUUUACCAAAUGACACAGAGGAAACUCUUCAAGAACGUGUUAAAUUAAUGGAACAUUUGGCAUUUCCAAAAGCUCUUAAACAUUUAGCAACGGAGAGAAUUUCUCUCAAAAAUGAUGGAACCUUAGAGUGGAGAUUUUAGAAAAAAAAAAGUGGGUAAAAAAGUAAAAUUCUACCUCAAAAUUUUUAUAAUUAUUUGUUAUUUUUAUUAUAUUAAACAUUGUAUUAAAUAAAAAAAUAAAAAAAUAUCAAAAAAAAAAGUUUAUAAAUAAA